UCCGACUGACGGAAGAACAGUACGGCAACGCGUGGUAUUCUUAUGGGCAACUGUGUUGUUCUUUCGUCAGUACGACUAUAUCCUUCAAAGAAAGGGUGCUUUCUUUGAUCCUUCAGGUCCAGCUGAUCAAGGAAGGAAUAUCUGGAGCAAGUUAGAUUUGGAGACCAAGUUGCAUCAGAUCAUAAUCCAAAAUGACAAUUUCACCUUUACCUGCUAAAGAUGUCAGGAAAGCAUUUCUUGACUUCUUCAUGGAGAAGAAGAAGCAUGAAUAUGUCCACUCAUCAUCCACUAUACCUUUGGAUGAUCCAACACUUCUCUUUGCCAAUGCUGGAAUGAAUCAGUUCAAACCCAUCUUUCUAGGAACUGUAGAUCCCAACAGCGACAUGUCGAAGUGGAUCAGAACUUGUAACACGCAGAAAUGCAUUCGUGCAGGAGGCAAGCAUAACGACUUGGAUGAUGUAGGAAAGGAUGUUUACCACCAUACCUUCUUUGAAAUGUUGGGAAACUGGUCAUUUGGUGAUUAUUUUAAGAAAGAGAUUUGCGCUUGGGCUUGGGAGCUGCUGACUGAAGUGUUUAAGCUCCCUGCAGACCGCUUGUACGUCACUUACUUUGGAGGAGACAAGGCAUCUGGGCUGGAGCCUGAUGAAGAGUGCAGACAGUUCUGGAUAAAACUUGGUUUACCAGAAUCGCAUGUACUACCUGGUAGUAUGAAAGAUAAUUUCUGGGAAAUGGGUGAGACAGGACCUUGUGGUCCUUGCUCAGAACUUCAUUUUGACCGGAUUGGCGGUCGAGAAGCAGCUCACCUUGUUAAUCAGGAUGACCCUGAUGUAUUGGAAAUCUGGAAUCUUGUCUUUAUUCAAUAUAACCGAGAAUCUGAUGGAUCCUUGAAGCCACUUCCCAAAAAACACAUUGAUUGUGGUAUGGGUUUUGAACGUUUAGUGUCUGUUAUCCAAAAUAAAAGGUCCAAUUAUGACACUGAUGUGUUCGUGCCUCUUUUUGAUGCCAUACAGAAGGGCACAAAUGCUCCAGCCUAUCAGGGCCGAGUAGGUGCUGAUGAUACAGAUGGUGUUGACAUGGCAUACAGAGUUCUAGCUGAUCAUGCAAGAACUAUCACAAUUGCGCUUGCUGAUGGUGGCACACCUGACAAUACUGGAAGAGGCUAUGUAUUGAGACGUAUCUUGCGACGUGCAGUACGAUAUGCAACUGAAAAGCUAAAUGCCAAGCCUGGUUUUUUUGCCACUCUUGUGCACACUGUCAUUGAUCUGUUAGGAGAUACGUUCCCUGAGUUAAAGAAAGACCCUCAGAGCAUUAUUGAUACUAUCAAUGAAGAAGAGGAACAGUUCUUAAAAACAUUAGUCAGAGGUAGAAACCUUCUCAACCGGACCAUUGUGAAAUUGGGCGAUAGUAAAACACUUCCAGGUGACAUUGCCUGGCGUCUCUAUGAUACCUACGGGUUUCCUGUGGAUUUGACCCAGCUCAUGGCUGAAGAAAAGAACCUAGCUGUUGACAUGGCUGCUUAUGAAGAAUCUAAGAAACAAGCUCAGCUGAUAUCUCAAGGACGUGGAGCUGGAGUUGAUGAUCAAAUUAGCUUGGAUGUUCAUGCCAUCAAUCAUCUUCAGGAUCAGAAAGUUAAUCCUACCAAUGACACUCCCAAGUACAACUAUAAGGCAAAGUCAGAUGAUAAAGAUGCUGAUUAUGAAUUUCCAACCCUUGUUGCAAAGGUUAUUGCUCUGCGACACUCAAAGCAGUUUGUGCAGGAAGUUUCCUCCGGACAAGAAUGUGGUGUUUUGGUUGACAAGACCCUGUUUUAUGCUGAACAAGGUGGUCAAAUUUAUGAUGAAGGAUUCAUGGUUAAAGUUGGAGAUGAGAGUACUGAGUUCUCUGUGAAAAAUGUCCAGGUCCGUGGUGGUUAUGUUCUGCACAUUGGAUCUGUUGAGGGUACUUUAAAAGUUGGCGACUCAGUUACACUGCAUCUUGAUGGUGCUCGUCGCCAAUUGGUAAUGAAAAACCAUACUGGAACUCAUGUCUUGAAUUAUGCAUUGCGUGCUGUAUUGGGAACCGAGGCUGAUCAGAGAGGUUCUCUUGUUGCUCCAGAUAGAUUGAGAUUUGAUUUCACCAACAAGGGAGCAAUGACUGCUGAACAAGUGAAGAAAACUGAGGAAGAAUCCAAUAAACUGAUUUCUCGGAAUGAGGAGGUGUUUGCUAAGGAAUCAAAUCUUGCUGUUGCUAAAACAGUUCGGGGUCUGAGAGCAGUUUUUGAAGAAACUUAUCCUGAUCCUGUAAGAAUUGUUUCUAUUGGUAUCCCUGUGGAGAAACUUGAAGCUGAUCCUAACAGCCCUGCUGGCACCGGAACUUCUAUUGAGUUCUGCGGCGGUACUCACUUGAAGCGAGCAGGUCACAUUGGUGACUUUGUGAUUGCUAGUGAGGAGGCAAUUGCUAAAGGCAUUCGCCGUAUUGUUGCGUUGACUGGACCUGAAGCUGCCAAGGCAUUGAAAAAGACUGAGCUGCUAGAGAAUGAACUGAAUAGUAUUCGCACAUCUUUGGAGGCCAUCAAGACUGCUGCAGAUCAGAAAGUUGUGGUAAAGAAGAUUGUUGAAUUGACCAAUGACAUCUCACAAGCUGUUAUUCCUUAUUGGAAAAAGGAGGAAAUGCGUACUCUUCUGAAAAAUUUGAAAAAGCAGUUAGAUGACAAAGAACGUGCUGUUAAAGCUGCUUUGGCUGCCAAUAUAGCUGAUGAAGUGAAGGCUCUAUGCCAGGCUAACCCAACCAUGCCUUUACUAGUCCGUGAACUUCAGGCUGAUUCUAACACUAAGGCAUUGGAUGGAGCCCUCAAACAAGUAAAAGCUUUUGCUCCUGAAACACCUGCAAUGUUCUUCAGUGUUGAUGCUGCUGCCAAGAAGAUCUUUUGCUUGUGUGCUGUUCCUAAGAAUGCAGUUGAUAAGGGAUUGAAGGCCAGUGAGUGGGUUGCAGCUGUAUCUACUCUCAUGGAUGGGAAAGGUGGUGGAAAAGCAGAAUCUGCCCAAGCGUCCGGCUCAAAUGUUGUGGCACUAAAGGCUGCUCUAGACAAAGCUACCGCUUUUGCGUCAAGUAAACUUGGUGUCUCUGCUAGUGAAGAUAAUACCAAAACUAUUCUGAAAGUUUCUCACGGGAGUGUUUGUUAUUCCCGAGCCUUGAUUUGUGCCAAAUACUCGGGAAAGGAUGUUGUGGUGAAACCUGCUGAGGACAAGAAGAAAACAAUUCCUGUGCUGGAGGAAGAUGGUGAAAAAUUCCUCAACACAGCCGCCAUAUCAUAUUAUUUAUCCUCUCCUUCAUUAAGAGGGGGACCAUCUGAGUAUCAUCAGGCUGAAGUUUUGCAAUGGGUGAACUGGUGCGAAGGCACACUCCUUGUUGCAAUAGGAAGUGUACUUGAAUUCUGCUGUGGAAGCUCCGGAAAUGUCAAGUCCUCUCGGCGCCAAGAUACUGAGAGCUACUUGCAGGGAUUGAGCAACCUCUUAAGUUACUUGGACCGAGUUUUUCUUGAUCUCACAUUCUUAGUCAAUGAACGUAUUUCAUUGGCAGAUAUUACACUCUUCAGUCUCAUUCUGCCAAUUUUCCAAUCAAACAUGGAACCAAAUGUGCUCAAAACUCAUGUUAAUUUGAAUAGGUGGUUUAGAACUCUUUAUAAUCAGACUGAAGUUAAGGCUGUCUUGGAAGAAGAAUGUGCCCCAUCAGGUAGCGAAGCAAAUCAGGCACAAAAAGAUGUUGUUGGCUGUGGUAGUACAACACCAGGACUUGGCAAGGUUGAGUGUGACAAAUGUCCUGAGACCAGCAAGGUGUGUUCAUCUAAGAAGGCUUCUGUUACCAGUAGCGCAGUGUGUGAUCAGACGCAAACUAAACAGCAAGACAACAGCAAGGUGAAGAAAAAUGUCAAGCCAUCCAGUACGGAAACUGGAAACAAAGCAGAACUCAAGCAGCCUGAGCAGGUGCCACCUCCCACAACAAAUCCCCCUUCCUCUAGCAGUCUACCUUCCACAAGCAAUCUGACCCCUACAAGAAAUCCAGCUCCCUCAAGCAACCCCCUACAACCUUGUGAACAAACUAGUAAACCUACUAAUGAACAAUCUGAUGCCUCUCAAGGCAACGACCAACAAAAGAAAAAAAGAAACAGAAACAAGAAAAACAAAACUAAAAAGUAAAACCUCAAAACUGCUCAAGAUUAUUUUUUAGGGGUAAAAUUCUGUCUUUUUCAGAGAGACUAUGUAGAAACACUGAUUUUGAAUACUUUUUUCCCCUUUGAAUUCACCCCACUCAAUUGUCACUCUUUAAUAACACCAUGUUUUCUUUUAACGAAAUAAU